AUGCCGUCGCGCACUCGUCAAGCUCCUGCCGACGAGGCCGAGGAGGAUUCUGGCCUUCGCAGCCUCUCCUUCAAUCAGCCGUUGUCGUGGCGCGUGGGGCGCUCGGCUAUUCCCAUCGCCGAUCUACUUGAACGUCUCCAGACCCUCGCCCAAGAACUUCGCAAGCUCGAACAGGAGGAAAUUGAUAAGGAAUCUCUGCGGAAAGUGUCGCAGGAACUCGCCGGCGCUCACCUGCUCGCGCACAAGGAUAAGGGGGUGCGAGCCUGGGCCACGUGCUGUCUAGUCGAUGUCUUACGACUGUGCGCGCCGGACGCGCCUUUUACAAGAAACCAGCUCAAGGAUGUUUUUACAUGUAUCGUCAGUUCGAUUAUCCCCGCUUUAGCCGAUCCUUCCAAUGCCUACAAUGCGCAACACAUAUACGUCUUGACCUCGCUUGCCGAGGUCAAGAGUAUUGUUCUGAUGACUGAUCUGGACCACCCUGACUCUCUCAUCGUUCCCCUCUUCACGGCAUGCUUCGACAUCGUCUCCGGGUCAUCGAAGGCGUCAACUGGCGAGGAAGUGGCCAAGAACGUGGAAUUUGACAUGACCCGACUCCUUGUAACAGUGAUUGAUGAAACACCCGUCUUGGCCGCCGAGGUAGUGGACACCAUGUUGACACAAUUCCUUCGGGUAGACCCUCGGGCCCUGGAAAACCCUCGCAAGGCUAAACGCAGCGAUGCACCCCUCGAUGCUAAGCAAGAUACACUUUUGUUGAAAGACUACCCGCCGGCUUAUAACAUGGCAAAGGCAAUCUGUCAGGCCUGCCCAGAGCGAAUGACGAGCCAUAUCAGCCAGUACUUUAACAACGUCAUCAUUGAUGCAUCUGGGCCUACCGGUCAAGCCAACGGGUCAAAAAACGGAACUCGCAAGCCGAACCUGGAUGAUUCAGAGGAGGAAGGAGAAGAUGUAAAUGAUUUGCGCAAAGCGCAUCUUCUCAUUCGAGAGCUUUGGCGAGCCUGUCCGGAAGUUUUGCAAAAUGUCAUCCCACAAGUUGAAGCUGAACUGUCUGCAGAGUCAGUUGCCCUCCGGUUACUGGCUACGCAGACCAUCGGUGAUCUUGCGGCAGGCAUUGGUGUUGCAGGACCCCCUCCACCACCACCCAUGGAUCCUGCGGCUUACCCGCCUGUGACACUCGAAGAUUAUGCGCAGACGAUUCCCCAGCCUAACGUUCUUCUCACACCAGUGUCACCGAAGCCAUUCUCCCAGGUGCACUCAUCGGCUUAUGAUGCUUUCUUGAGCCGGCGUCUGGAUAAGACACCUAAGGUCCGCGCAGCGUGGGCGACUGUUGUGGGCCGGAUUCUGUUGACCUCUGCUGGCGGCUCUGGUUUGAGUGAAAGCGAGGAACAAGGACUUGUGCAGAGCCUUGCCUCCAUGCUCCGCGAUGCUGACGAAAAGGUCCGUCUUGCUGCCGUGGAUACUGUCGGCCAGUUUGGCUACACACAUGUCAUUCAUAAACUCGGCAUGAAGGGUGGUUGUUCGUCACCAGAUUCAGUCUUAGCAAUUCUCGCUGAGCGUGUCAAGGACCGCAAACCGCACGUGCGUGAGCAUGCCAUGAAAAUCUUGGCACGCAUGUGGGCUGUUGCUGCUGGAGACAUCGAGCAGAACACAGAACCUGUUGUAUCUCUCCUGAAAGAUGCGCCGUCAAGGAUUUUUGAUGCUUUCUAUACUAAUGAUCAAGAAAUCCAUGUGUUGAUUGACCGUGUUCUGUUUGAGACACUUCUUCCGCUGAGCUACCCACCGGUCAAGUCAAAGCUUAGCCGCGGAGGUUCUAGUCAAUCACAGAAACAAAAGGAUAGUCAGAGCUCCGAUGCUGACCAGGAAACUGAUGUUGACAAGAUUCGUGUCCGUCGUAUUCUAACCCUACUCCGAGGGCUAGAUGAGAAGGCGAGACGUGUUUUCUUUGUCACGCUGGCCCGUCAACUGUCGAUGAGAUCAGCUAUGACAAUGUAUUUGGAGGCAUGUGAGAAGUACAAUGGUGGCGUGGUCGAUAAAGAUGGAGAGCAGGCGAAGGCUCAGCUUUCAAGAGUCAUUGACUCACUGUCCAAGACGUUUCCCGAUGUUCCACGCGCAUCUGCAGACCUGUGGAAAUUUGCCAAGACUCAUGAUCGACGCAGCUACCAGCUCAUUCGCUUUGCUAUGGCUGCUGUUAGUGACUAUCGAACUGUGACGAAGGCUAUCAAGGAACUUCAGCGGCGUGCGCAGAGUGCCAACAACGCGACCUUGCUUGAUACUAUAACUCCUCUUUUGUAUCGCAGUGGUUCUUUAAUCUUCAACCGCAGUCACAUCCCAGCGAUUAUGAGUCUCUCUCGGACUGACGAGAAUGGUCUGGCCAACGCCGCCCAGGAGAUGCUGAAGCAGAUCUCAUCACAAAAUCCUGAGGUUCUGGAGGCGCAGGUUCAAGAGAUGUGUAAAGACCUGGAGGCACAAGCUCCCAAAGCCUCCUCUGCUGGCGAAUCUAGCUCCGAAGAGAUUCUCAAGGCAUGUGCCGGAUUUGCCAAGAAGCUUCCGGACAAACUUCCAAAGGAGCGCAAAUUCUACCAGGCCUUGACCAGCUACGCUUUGUACAGUACAUCGCCACGCUCUGCUAAGCACGCCGUGUCAAUUCUGAUGACCACGGCCGACCGGAAGGAAAUGUACGCGAAAGAUCUCAUCCAAAAAUGUGUGAAGAAGUGGAAAUACGGUUCUGAUCACUUCCUUACUCGACUUGCAACUCUGUCCCAGCUGAAUUUGCUUGCCCCGCGUGAAGCAGACGAGGAAAGCGAUGUGAUUAUCUCAAUUGCAAUCAACCAGAUUCUUCUGACCAAUCGCAAACCCGAAGAAAACUCGCAGUAUACAUGGUCGGAGGAAAUUGACGAGGAGACUCACGCCAAGGAGUGGGCGCUCAAAGUCAUCGUCAAUCGUCUUCGUGCGAAGGAUGGCUCGGACAGUGAUGACGACUUCCGUGCGCAUGCCGUGCCCGUUUAUGAUACCUUGAACAAACUUGUGGCUGGGAAGGGUGAACUUUCUAAGGAGAAAGAUACUCCUGCACAUCAAAAGUCACGGCUGCGUCUUCUUGCCGCCAAGUCACUGAUUAAACUGUGUGCUUCAAGUACUUUAUGUGACCAUUUGCUGGCUCCUGCAGAUUUUAACAUGAUUGCUUUGAUGGCUCAAGACGAACUUGAACCAGUGCGAAUUGAGUUUAUCAACUAUCUUAGGAAAAAGUUGGUUCAAAGGUCACACCUUGGUUAUCGCUGGUACAUUAUCCCGUGUCUUCUUGCAUUCGAGCCGACCAGGAACUUGAAGGAGAGCACGCUCACUUGGUUGCGAUCUCGCGCAGCCCAUUUCGCCCAGCAAGCCCAGAACAUCGGAAAACGAAAUGAGCAAACCAUGGUGAUGGAAUUGAUAUUUUCACGUCUUUUAUCAUUGCUCGCCUACCACCCCGACUAUCCAUCUGAAGAUCUAGAUGAGUCGACAAAGCUCGUUGAUCUCAGCGACUUCUGCCAAUACAUCGUCUUUUACCUGUCUGCUGUUGCCAAUGAGCAGAACAUGUCUCUGAUUUUCCAUGUUGCUCAGCGUGUCAAGCAAUUCCGUGAUGGCAUUACCAAGUCAGACGAGAUGUCCACUCGUCUUCACACUUUGUCUGAUCUGGCUCAAGCAACUAUCAGAAAGUUUGCCGAAAUCUACUCUCAACAACAUAAAUUCGGUGGUGGAAGCGGAGGCACUAACAUCCUGCAAACUUACCCUGGUAAAAUGGGUGUUCCUAGUUCCUUGUUCGCAACGAUGGGUAGUCACCAAGAAGCUCAAGAUGUUGCCGACAAGAACUUCCUCCCAGACGAGCUGGAUGACGUACUCGACCGUGUUGUACGGGUGGCAAUGAAGCCAAAGAGCACCUCUCAUGGUGGGCAAGGCUCCGUCAAGAAGAGAAAGCCUGAUUCUCUUGAUGCCAAUGAUGCCGCCUCGGCCAAGAAAGCACGCAAAGAGAAGACCACACGGCCAUCUCGCAAGUCUUCUUCAUCAGUGGGCGUGUCCAAUAAGACCCCUCAACGCAAGCGCAAGGGCGAUGAUGAGUGGUCUACUGAAGUUGGUGCCGAAAGUGUGUCUGCUUCUGCUCGCCGUCGUAGCAGUCGAGGAACUACCAAGCCCCAGAUCAGCUAUGCAGACAAUGAUAGCGAUGAAGAUGAUCAGGAAAUGCAAGAUAACAAUGAUGUGGCAGAAGACGAGCGUGAUGACGAAGAUAUGGCUGAGGGUGAAGAUCACCCUGACUCAGACGAGGAGGAAGAGGAAGAAGAGAAGGAGGAGGAAGAAGAAGAAGAAGAAGAAGAGAAGGAGGAGGAAGCCGAAGUAGAGGAACAAGAACAACAAGAAAAGGAAGAAGACCCUGCACAGGCUAGCGAAAAGGAGAACUCCUCCCCCGUUGUCUCGAAGCGUGGAACCAAAGCAUCCACGGCAAAAAGCCCUCGCGCACAGAAAGAGAAACCGGCUACAGCCACUCUGCCAACACGACGAUCGUCCCGCCGGGGAUGA